AUGAGCGGAGUUUAUGUGACUGAGAAGGGAUUUAAGGCUGCUAAUAUCGAGGAGGAUUUACUCUGGUCUCUCUCCAGAGAUGACAUUAAAGAUCUGAUGCCAGGUCCUGAAAACUUUCUUAGACGCCGAGCAUUAUGGCUUCUUGUGAGUAAAGAUGAAAGUGUGGAGGCUGCUGGGAAAAAAUUGGAGACAUCAAAACUUUCAACAACAUCAGCCAGUGCACUUCCAGAAGAGAACCCCAACACUUCAAAGUUUUUGACCAUCUCAACUCCAGAAUACAUUGUGUACACAGAUGGUGAACUUGAGCAGGUCCGUUCAUACUACUUUGAACAAAAACGUCUUGGCCCCACCACUGCUGAUAUGUCCAAAGAGCUCUUCUGCCGACUAAUAAGGAACACCAUGACAAAUAUGAUUUCAAUUGCAAGAGCUCUACAAGACUCUAGGUACCCUUCCAAACAUGAGGUUGAUACUAUGGCUAAAAGAUUAGUUGAGUAUUAUCCAAUGUUAAAAGGAACAUCUGGCGAUGAAUGGGGACAUAUUGCCAAGAAACUUAUGAAAAGACUAUCAAAUAUCAAAAUCCCUAAAACAGCUGGAACACCAUCCAGAAAACGUCGCAUGACCAGUGAGCAGUUUCUCUCGGAUGAUUUUGAAGGAUACUCAACAGGAUCAAGCCAAGCAUCCACCAUCAUUAUUGAAAGGUCUCCUGCUGCAAGCAGCACCCCUCAGCCUAAUUUGGACACCAGUGAGGAGGAUGCAGUGGGUUCUGCUGAUCAACUGGACACACCAAAGAGCCAAGCAAGACACUAUAAGGCCCUGCAAAACAUGUACAAGGCCAAAAAACCAAACAAAGCAGCGGUGACUCAUUUGCUGAAUUUGGAAUUUGAAUCCAGAAGACGUUUCAUCACAUCUGAAGUUCUGAAGGAGCAAGACAGAGCAGCUAAAGUUAUUGAGGCUUAUCCGUGUUUCAAGGAGUUGGAUCAUGUACUGGAUGAGAUGCAGAGGAUAAUCCAACCAAAAAACUCAAACUACAUCGCAGAGACUUUAAGCAGAUGGGAAAACUUUUUCUCAAAAGUUAAGUUCUAUGGGGUUAUGAAAAAGGCCAUGAAGCCCCCAAAGACUCUGAAUAUUGAGGACCAUGCUCUGGCAGUCUUUGCUGCGCUUCCGGACCUUUUUCCAUCAGGUGCGCCACCACCCAAAAAGUUGGGAGCCUGCAGUGAAGCCUUUUUCCAUGUUCUCAAGGCAGCAGAGGACCCUGAACGUUAUCUUCAACAACGGACACUGUUCUCGCCUGUUCUGCUCAUGGGCAUGGAUAACUGCAUGAUUGCAAUCGACAACACGCCAGUGACCACCUUUCCAACUCUGACCUUGCUCCUGCUGCUCCUGCUGCUGCUGCUCCUGCCGCUGCCGCUGCUGCUGCUGCUGCUGCUGCCGCUGCUCCUGCUGCUGCUGCCGCUGCUGCUGCUGCCGCUGCCGCUGCUGCUGCUGCUGCUGCUGCCGCUGCUGCUGCUGCUGCUGCUGCCGCUGCUGCUGCUGCCGCUGCUGCUGCUGCUGCUCCUGCUGCUGCUGCUCCUGCUGCUGCCGCUGCCGCUGCCGCUGCUGCUGCUGCCGCUGCUGCUGCUCCUGCUGCCGCUGCCGCUGCUGCUGCCGCCGCUGCCGCUGCUCCUGCCGCUGCUGCCGCUGCUCCUGCCGCUGCUGCCGCUGCCGCCGCUGCUCCUGCUGCUGCUGCCGCUGCUGCCGCUGCUGCCGCUGCUGCUGCUGCCGCUGCUGCCGCUGCUGCUGCUGCUCCUGCUGCUGCUGCUGCCCAGAGACAAGAGGAGGCAGCUCUGA